GGGACCUUUAAGUGCUACCUAGAAAAGUCCUCGACUCUAGCCCCAUCUGCUAGCAUCCCUAAACAUUUUAGGGUCGAAGAAAGGGGCAAGGUGGAGAGGUAGAGGAUCUGGAUCCUUGGCGUCCGUGUAAACAGACGCCACUUCCAUCCCCAGCUGCAGAGCUGCUCUGCCCAGCGGAUUCUGCAUCUCUUCGUGAUUAACGGACGGCCCUGUGGCCGGGGCAUUCGAACUUAGGUUGCUGUACGAUCCCAACUGCACACAGGGGACCUUGGGAGCUCCGUGGUUGUGGGACAGCUCCUAAGGGGUUGCACCAGUGUGUGAGAGUGUAUUCAGGCUGCGAAGUGGUUAACCCUGCCAGAAGGGAAGAGGUUCGGGCAGGACUUCGGUGGAGUAGCUCCCUCGGCCUAGAAGCCUGGGGAAGGAUGGGUGGAUGAGUGGGAGGAUCCCGGGUUGGGGGCGUGGUCUUGCGCUGGAGAGCUAAGUCCCGCGUGGCACUGAGCCAAUAGGAGUCGGCGCCGGCCCAGGGGGCGGGGACACACCCCAUGCAGGCUCCGCCCGUUUCAGCCCUUUUCUGGGGACCCGACGGCGCGGACCCAGUCUAACUGCUUCAGCACUUGCUCUGGUUUUGCAGCAGCUCCCUCCCUUUUAUCAGAACCCGUUCUCCUAACCCAGCCCAGGGAAAGGAAGGAAAUCCGAGGAAGACCUGAAGAGCCCAUCUGGGCUCUGGUUAAAACUCAGGUCUGGCUCCAGCAUCAUCCAGACGCCAGGGAAGUCCUUCCUGCCCUCUGAAAUGGCCCCAUCCAAAGAUGGACGAGGCCCCUGGGUGAUGGUUUGAAUCCUCUCCUUCUCUUUCCAAGCUCCAGGCUAGGGAUGUAGCCUGAGACUGGGCCCAUUCUAGGCUUUAUAUAAACUUCUCCGGACUACCUAGCUCGGGGCUGCUUCAAGGAGGCUCAGAAAGACCAGAUGCCAGGCAAACCUUAGGGUGAAGAUUUGACCGAUUUCCUCUCUGGGGUUAGUUUGGGGCCAACACCGAACCCCCGUAUUAACCCUUAGAAGUGCAUGCUGCAGACCGAAGAGAACCCUUCUCAGCUUCAGAAUCCCCACCCAUCUAGGAUGUGGGAGUUCCUGACGCCUGGAUUUGUCCCCGCCUUCCCCACACUCCACAGCAAACCUCAGUGUCCCACUCCGCGCAGUGGACCCACGUCUCCUGCGCCUGCGCAGCCUAGAGACCAACAUCGUCUAAGGCUGCAAGGAGCUAAAAAUCGCUCCCGCCCACCCACAAGCUGGGCUGGACUUGAGGAUCGCGGAGUGGGGGUGGGGGGGUAGUGUUGUAGUGGAGCGGGGUGGAAUGAAGAGUGAGGAGGGAGGCUGUCUAGAUGCCUGUCCAAUUAGGGCAGUAGGAAGAAUCCUGGUGGCCGAGCAGCAUGUUCGUGUUGCCAUCUCGCUGAGUCUGUUCCUCGCACUUCUCUGUCCAAGGCCGGGAAACCGCUCUUGACGCGCCUUCUCCCGCCGGCUGCCGCGGGAGCUCUCCGUGGUGCUGAUUUCUAGCGCUCCAGUCCGUAGUGCUGAAAUAUGAGCUCAGGUUGGGGGCGGAGCUGUUUCCUGGAUUUGACCCUGAGGUGUCUCAGCAGUGCCCUAGACUCCAGUCCGGCUAACAGGACAGUGCCACCCUGAGCUACCAGAAAGGGACAGCUGAACCUCACCCUGUAUCCCAGCUGACUCUUAUCUCAGGUGGACAUGGUCUGCAGGGGUUGCACUCGACCCAGGGGCCUGGCCUGGGCCCUGCAACUGACCCUGGCAUGGAUCCUGCUGGGGGCUUGUGGAGGGAGCCACCCACUCCCAGCUAGAUCCCAGAGACACCAUAGGCUGGUGACCAAUUUGGGCACAAGCCAGCUACACCUGGCAGAGAUGAACACACCAGAGGCAUCGGACCCUGGGAUCGUCUCAGGGAGCUGUGGGGAGCUGAGCCCCGGGUGUGAAUCCUUCCUGGGAAACCUCCAGGUUGCCCUCCGCAGUCGUUUCCACCUGCUGCUAUUGGGGGUACGCCAGACACAGCCUCUCUGCUCGGAGCUCUGCGAUGCCUGGUUUGCCACCUGCGAAAGUGAUAUCAUCUGCAGCCCGACUUGGCUCCCACUCCUAGAAAAGAGGGGCUGCGAGCCUGGCUGCACCACCUAUGGGCAGGGUAGCUGGACUCCACCAACUCGGACCCAAACUUCACCCCUUCCCGCCAGACUUUUGCUGACGGAGCGGAACUUUGCCGCUCGUUUCUGGGCUACGCGGUACCAGUGGCGGAUCCUGGCUCUGGUCACUGCCUCAACAUUUCCACCUCGGUGCUGCCGCGUCCCAGACACGCACGGAGGGCCCGGGAAACCACUUUCCGGCGCUCCCGACGCCCUCGCACCUGGAUCCUGGACGCUGCAAGCAGCGGAAGUGGCAGUGGAAGUGGCAGCGGCCCCUAGGGGGCGCCUGGCCUUGAAUGGAAGAUGCACCCCCUCUCCCCACCUCCGGCCCCGCCGCUCAAGACACCCAGAGUCCCACCCCUGUCCCUCUCUGCAUUCUAGUUUCCAGAGUCCCAUCCUUCCUCUCUGGGGCCCCAGAGACUCGCGCCUCUUCAGAUUAUUUGAGAAAUAACCCAAUUGUAGUUCAUUGUUUUCCUCACCCCCCUGAAUAAAGUCGCCAG